GUGUGAAGAAAAUGAAAUGCGUUGCAACCAUCCUAGUGAUAAUCGGGCUGAUGCAGCUACCAGGUAUCACAGCAAGGGCACGGUGUGAUGGAAUAGCUGGUGGAACAUUGCUGCAGUACGAUAAUCCGACCGAGUGUAAUCGCUUUUACGCCUGCCAGCACGAAACCGACCACGAGUGGCUGUGUCCACCGGGGGAAUUUUUCAACCAAAGAAACCAGCAAUGUGAGGCUGCAUGUAAUUCUGCCGAUGCAAAUCAAUGGUGUGCUGGAUUGCCGGAUGGUCUGUUCAUUCGGGUGCCACCGACGGAACCUCCGAACUGCCAGAAAUACUACACAUGCUUUGGCGGCAACAUGUUCGAGCACCUGUGCCCUCCUGGAUUUCUGUUUUCCCAGCUUGACCAGUCCUGUGGCAACAAUGUAGCGGAAUGUUAA